AUGUUCAUUGUAUGUCUCCAAUGUUUUCCAAUCUCGAUAGUUCUCUUUGGUUUUCUAAAAAUUUGUUGUGAUACUUUGGAAGUUUAUAAUCUUCAUGCAUACGAUGUUCGCCUUUAUUUAACAUCUCUCGAUGAAUUUGAUAAAGAAAUAAAAAAUGUGGAAAGGAAAGGAGAUGAAGAGGGUAAUGACGAUAAUUCUGCUGAACAACUUGAAGAGGAGCUUUGUGAUGAACAACGAUAUGCUGAUUUGUAUGCUGAUAUAAGACAAAAAGAGCUAGAUGAAGAAAACAAAAAUCGUAAACGUGCCGAAAUAGGAUAUCGUUACGAUCAACAACAGCCUUCACCUGCUGUAGAUGAGGAAGAAGAAGAAGAAGAUGAGCCUUAUGUAAAACCAAUUUCUUUGAAACUUCCUGUUGGAAUUGCAACGCCCGAUUCUGUCCGUCAAAAUUUAUUAAUUGAGCGUACUGCCCUCUUUGUAGUCGAGAAAGGUCCUCAAAUGGAAGUUGUAAUUAAAGCCAAACAGCGUCACAAAGCAGAGCAAUUUGGUUUUUUGGAUUUUGAUCAUCGUUUACAUCCUUUUUAUAAAUAUUUGUGUAAACAAAUUCGAGAGAAAAAAUAUGUGCCUGAAUUGAGGCAACCAACGAAGACGAAGAAAGAACCAGAAUCAAUUUCUUCCGAAAGUGAUGAUUCAAACUCCGAUUCAGAUGGUGGUUAUUUACAUCCACUUUUGUGUGGCGAUGCUAAUAAAAAAACAACGACAACAAAAUCAGACACUCCUUCAGAAUCUGGAUUUAUUGGACCAUCACAAAAACCAAAACAACAAGCUAAAAAGGCUGCUGAUUCGUUAAAUAGUGAUUUGGAUGUGCUUAUUCAAAAAUUUCAUCGUUCUGAUGAUCAAAGUUCAUCCUCAUCUUUAUAUUCUUCAUUAAUGAAAAGUUUGCAUUCUUUAAUUCCUGGGCAAUCUAAAGAAAAUGAAGAGUUGAAUAAAAGCAAUGAAAUUGAGAAGAAAGAAGAAAAAGAAGAGAAGAAAGUUGUAGCCGUAGUAGAAGAACAACCACCACCUUCCAAACCUCAACCACCAGAGAUUCUGUAUGAAACAGAUCAAAAUCGAAUAAAUGAUUAUAAUUUGUGGCAUUUGGAAUUUUAUGGACGUCAGAGUCCUUAUUUGCCUGGACCUCCACCUUUUCCUCUUACCCCUGCAACUGAUUCUGUUGUCGAAUCUGGAAUAGCUGUUGCUGCUAAAUAUGUAGCGUUUCAAGGAGCGGCUGCUGAACAAAAAUUGAUAGAACACAAUGGAGACAAAGUCCAUUUUCUGUCAGCUAGAAGUCCUUAUUAUACAUUUUAUCAAUCUAAAGUACGCCAACUUCAAUGGCAAAUAUAUCAACAACAACAGCAAUUCCAAAAUAAAUUAAAUAAAAAUUCUCAAUUAACACCUUCAGCUUCAACAAAAACAAAUACUCCAAUGUCUCAACAAUUAUUAAUUAAACAAAUAAUUAAAGCAGCAUCUUCAACAGAUCCAAUACCUACAGAAUUACCUGUUGGAAAUACUACAAAAAAUAAUGGUUAUAAAGAAGAGGAUGGAACAGACGGAGAUAAAAAACAAUUAGAACGUCGUGAAAAAGCUCGCCUCUUUAUGGAGAGAAUCUUAAACGAAAGAAUGGCAGAAAAACAUUUUGGAAAAAAACGUUUAAAAGACGGGAAUAAAUUGCCAGUAGAACCACCAGGAAUUAUUUCAUCCCCAAUAGUACUUUCUGAUACAACAAAAAAUGAAAAUGAGGAAGAAGAAAAUAAAACAGCAACAACAAUUUCACCAUUUAAUCUAUCAAAAACAAUAACUUCAAUGAUUGAUAUGCAUAUUAAAAAAACUUUUGGAGGAGAGGCUUCUUCUACUCCAACAAGAAGAACAGGAAGCGAUUAUGCCGAUAAUUCUCCUCGAGAUGAUUAUGAAGAUAUCCCAAAACGUAAUAAAAAAGAAAAACAUAAGGAAAAGCGAAAAAGAAAGAAAAGAAGGGAGAGAUCAACAACACCCUCAUUAUCCUCAAAACAUUCUAAUGACGGGUCAAAUUCUGAGGAAGAAAAAGAAAGGAAACGACGCAAACAUAAACGGCGUAGAGAAAGUCGUCAUCGAAAACAUCAUCACCGCUCUUCUCGUCACCGUUCAUACUCAUCAUCAUCUAGUCGUUCUCGUUCUCCCAAAUAUUCGAGGAAAAGUAAGGAGGAUAGAUAAACAAACUGACUUUUUUUUCUU